AUGCCGGCAGAUGAGCAUCUCUCCUGUGAUGAAAAUGGAUACCUGGAUUUUGGUCCCAACGACCCCAGCAACCCGAAGAACUACUCAUUCGCCCGGAAAUGCUACAUCACCGCGGUUUCCAUUGCCCUCGUCAUGAACGCCACGUUCGCAUCGUCAGCUCCCACAGGUGCUUUGUCGGGCAUCAGCAAAGAGUUCCACGUUUCAACGGAGGCAGCAGGCCUCGUUACCACAAUGUUUCUGCUCGGAUACUGCGCAGGGCCGUUGCUCUGGGCGCCGCUGUCAGAGUUCUUCGGUCGCCGCUGGAUCUCCCUUGGAGCCUUUACACUAUACCUCGCUUUCGGCUUUCUCUGCGCGUUCACACCGAAUUUCGGUGGACUCAUAGUCGGCCGAGUUCUGACCGGCACAGCUUGUAGCGCUGCUCUGACGAACGCGCCGGGCAUUAUUGCUGACAUAUGGGGACCUGUUGCUCGAGGAAAUGCAAUGAUAUUGUUCUCGGUCGCGACCUUUGUGGGACCAGCGCUUGGACCUGUUGUCAGUGGAUUCUUGCAGUUGACGGAAACAUGGCGGUGGACAUUUUACGUCUUAUUGUGGAUGGCAGGCGCCACAGAAGUGUUCCUCCUCACGCUUCCGGAGACCUUCGCGACAAAGGUCCUGCAUGACAAGGCCAGACGGCUGCGAAAAGCAGGAAGAGAACACAUCAAGUCCUCCGCAGACGACCAAUAUUUCAAGACCAUCUUCAGCAUAGCGCUUACCAGACCCUGGAUCCUGCUAUUCGACCCGAUCAACUUGUUUGUCGCUCUGUACUAUGCUGUGGUGUACACAUUACUCUACAUGCUGUUCGAAAUCUACCCGAUCGUCUUUCAAAAAAAGCGUGGCUGGAAUGCCGGUGUCGGAGGGCUGCCUCUGAUCGGUGUUGUCAUCGGCGCCUGCAUUGGUGGUCUCGCACUAUUUGUCAAGACUCAGCGCAAUCCAAAGAAAGACUCCUACCGCGAGCCGGUUCCCGAAGAUCGUCUGCCUGGCUCCAUGGUUGGGAGUGUUCUUUUCGCCGUGUCAAUCUUCUGGUUCUCCUGGACAGCAGAGUACAACUCGAUCCACUGGAUCGUACCAACCAUUGCUGGAGCUGUGCUUGCGAUGUCGAUACUCCUCAUAUUCGUCACUUUCAUCAAUUAUAUCGUGGACUCCUACCUGGAAUACGCUGCUUCCGCCGUGGCAGCGAACACUGUUGUGCGAUCAGCUUGUGCUGCGGCUUCGCCUCUAUUCACGCCAUCUAUGUUCAGAGCUCUUGGUGUUGGAGGAGCAGGAUCAUUGGUCGGUGGCGUUGCGAUUCUUCUCAUGCCAAUGCCCUUCGUUUUCUAUCGAUAUGGCCCUGCCAUUAGGGCACGGUCGAGAUAUGCGAGAACAGAUCAGGCGGAGAAGAGCAAAGGCGAGGACAUUGCAUAG